AUGGGCCGGCUGCUGCGGGCUCCCCGGCGGCUGCGGCUGUCGUCGCCGCCGCCACCGCUCCUGCUGCUGCUGCUGCUGCUGGCCGGGGGAGCAUCCCUGGGUGCCUGCACAGCUGGGUCUGAUGAGCCCGGCCCAGAGGGCCUCACCUCCACCUCCUUGCUGGACCUCCUGCUGCCCACUGGCCUGGAGCCCCUGGACUCUGAGGAGCCCAGUGAGGCCAUGGGCCUGGGAGCUGGCCUGGGAGCCCCUGGCUCGGGCUUCCCUAGCGAAGAGAGUGAAGAGUCUCGGAUCCUGCAGCCCCCACAGUACUUCUGGGAGGAAGAGGAGGAGCUGAACGACUCCAGCCUGGACCUGGGCCCUACCGCAGAUUAUGUCUUCCCAGACCUCACCGUGAAGGCAGGUUCCGUAGAAGACACCGGCCAGGCCCAAGAGCUACCCAGCCUCCCCUCGGGCUUGCCCAAGAUGAAUCUCGUUGAGCCCCCCUGGAGUAUGCCUCCCGAAGAGGAGGAGGAGGAGGAAGGGGAGGAGGAGGAGGAGAGGGAGGAGGAGGAAGAGGAGGAGGAGGAGGAGGAGGCGGAGCUGCUCCCCGUGAGCGGCUCCCAAGAAGAAGCCAAGGCUCCUGCCCACGACGCCUCUCCCACCAGCAGCAGCCAGACACCGGGGGCCACCACACCCAGGCCCGAAGGCCCCGGGGGCCAGGCCUCAUCAGGUGUGGAGGUGGAGAACAGUGUGGAACCCAGCCUGUCACCGCCCUCCGUGACCCCGAGCUCACUGACCCUGGGGGAUCGGGACUUCACCAUCCAGGAGGCAGGGCCCACGAUGCUGCCAGCUGCGGGGCUUGGGGUGGAGUUGGAGGCUCCCCCAGAAGUCGCGGAGGAGGCCACUGUGGGGGCAGCUGGGAUGGCUGGCAGGCCAGGGGCAGAGCUGUCCUCGGUGCUGUUCCCUCACACCGGAGCUCCCAGUGGGGCUGAGGCCCUCGAUGAAGGUCACCCUCACCCCAGGACCCCAGCCUCUUUCCCACUGGCCCCCCGAGAUGUGGAACCCACGCCCUCCUCUGCUUCCUCGGGCCAAGGUCUCAGCCAGCAGCCGCAGCCAGGGCAGGCGGUGGAAGCUCCGUCCAGAAUACCCUGGGACUCCACUCAGGUGAUCUGCAAGGACUGGAGCAAUCUGGCUGGGAAGAGCUACAUCAUCCUGAACAUGACGGAGAACAUAGACUGCGAGGUGUUCCGGCAGCACCGGGGCCUGCAGCUCCUGGCCCUGGUGGAGGAGGUGCUGCCGCGCCAUGGCAGCGGCCACCACGGGGACUGGCACAUCUCCCUGAGCAAGCCCAGUGAGAAGGAGCAGCACCUUCUGAUGACGCUGGUGGGCGAGCAGGGGGUGGUGCCCACGCAAGAUGUCCUUUCCAUGCUGGGCGACAUCCGCAGGAGGCUGGAGGAGAUUGGCAUCCAGAACUAUUCCACCACGAGCAGCUGCCAGGCACGGGCCAGCCAGGUGCGCAGUGACUACGGGACGCUGUUUGUGGUGCUGGUGGUCAUCGGCGCCGUCUGCCUCCUCAUCAUCGCACUGGGGCUGCUCUACAACUGCUGGCAGCGCCGCCUGCCCAAGCUCAAGCACGUGUCGCACGGCGAGGAGCUGCGCUUCGUGGAGAGCGGCUGCCACGACAACCCCACGCUGGACGUGGCCAGCGACAGCCAGUCGGAGAUGCAGGAGAAGCGGCCCAGCCUCAACGGCGGCGCCACCGUCAACGGCCCGGGCAGCUGGAGCGCGCUCAUGGGGGGCAAGCGGGACCCCGAGGACUCGGACGUGUUCGAGGAGGACACGCACCUGUGAGCGCGGCCGCGUGGGGCGGACUCGGAAGUGGACCGCAGCCGCCCUGCGGCCCCAG